AUGGACGAUGAAGUGGUUUUCUUUAUGGACAUCCUCAAUCUCGGGGUUCAGUUGCCUCUGCAGCCCCCUAUUCAGAGGAUCCUCAAGCACCUUGUCUAUGCUCUUGGCCAAUACAACCCGAACUUCUGGGUGGCGUUGAUGGGGUUCUCCUACCUGUAUAGCGUCACUAAGUCCAAGUACGCAACGCACGGAGGUUGGGUCCAAGCUAACUGCCUCCAGGCUUCUGAACUUGGCCACUUUAUAAGGGCCAUGCCGACCUCCCACAAGUUGUGGAGCAAUCCGCUAGUGCUUUUGUCAGGGGAUUGGGAGUACCUUCGAACAGGCCGUUCGGUUUCACAUCCCCACCACUUUCCAAACAGUGGGAAGUCGCAAGCGGGCUCUUCCGCCCCGAAUGUCAAUGCUCCUCAGCCAUUGAAAGCUCAUCUUGAAAACCAAACCCUUUUCAAACGGCUGAGGCAGCUUGACUUCAUAAGUAGGCAGGCCGAGGAGUUGGCCCACCAGCAAGUCACUGGCAAGCGGGCAGUUGUGGUUGAGUUGGAAGCGGCUCUUGCUCCGAAAAGAGCUCAUGUCUCUGACAAUCCUAGGGCGGUCUUUGCGGCCAAGGACGAAGAUGACUAG